GGGCCACGUCGCAAGGAUAUGCAAGUGCCAAUUUGCCCUCUAUGUGGUGAACCAGUGCCCACAGCACCUGGAGUCGAGCCUGAUCUAACCGUCGGGCGUCAUAUCGAUCAGCAAUGCAAGUCAGACACAAAAAAAAUAUACACAAAUCGUUGUAGUUAUAAAAAUUGUAAAAAGAAGGAGCUUAUACCAGUCAACUGCACGGAAUGUAGAAGAAAUUUUUGUCUACGCCACCGUCAUACCACAGAUCAUGGAUGCAGAGGUGCUUCCGUUGCAAGUGUAGUUAAGCGUGCUAUGGCAGCAAAUGCAGCUGAAUACAGGCGUACUAACAAGCCAACUUCACUAUUUAAUGGGCAACCUAGACGUAAUCCCAUAGCAACUGGAACACAAGUGCAAAAUAUUCAAGGAAAUAUGACUGAAGAUGAGGCGCUAGCUCGUGUCCUUGCUCUGUCAAUUAUGGAGUUAGAUGAGAAUGCAGAUCGUGAACGGCGAAAUCCAACUGCUGUCAAUGCGGCAGUACAAGCUAAUGCUACAGUACGCGUUGGCGGGCGUGAUGAGCAAUCCUCAAAUGUAAAAGACAAAUGUCUGCUUUCGUAGUUCGAUUUAGCUGUUUUAAUGGUAGAAGUUGUAGUUUAACAAUUUAAAGAUAUUCUUUAGUAGUUUACAAGUAUCUAAAUACAUACUUACUAUACAUAAAAUAACUUCUGCAGCGGUAAUUUAAUCAAUGAAUGUCACAUGCUAAGGGCCGGUUACUCAAUAUCUGGUUAACACUAAUCUGUGGUUAAACAUCGUUAUCGACGUAUUCGACUCCAUGCAUAUGUCGUUCCCACG